ACCUGACUGAUGAUGCAGUUGAAUAUGGAUGCCUUGACACAUGUUCAGCAUUUCCCUUUGAAAACUAUAUGCAGAAAAUUUUAAAAAUGGUGCGAUCCCCAAAGAAUCCGCUGGUCCAGAUUUUUAAGAGGUAUAGAGAGUCCCAUCCAGUCAUCAAUGACCUUACCAGCAAAGUGAUUUCUUGCAAAAGGCCAAAUAAUUAUUUUGUCAUUAAUGACCAGUCAUGUUGCGAAGUCAGAAGUGUCAGCCACCAGACAAACAACACUGGGGAACAGAUGUAUAUAUGCCGUGUCUAUGGUCAUGCACAAUCCUUGUUCCAACAUCCUUGUGACUCUAUGCUGAUAGGAGCUAUGACUGUCCGGCAACAAGACUACCAAAUACAAGAAUUACCAGAGAGCCAAUUGAACUCUCAGGCUAUAAUGAUAGAAAGGAGCGAUGGGAAACUGGUAUUCCUGGCAGUUCUCCAUGGUUUCUAAGUUUGGUUUUUGAGGGGUGGUGGAUGGGGUUUUACUUCACUUUACUUCUGACUUAUCGGAGACAGGCCUGCUUGUGACAGAUUGAGUGCUUUGUUCACUAGAAUCAAGCUCAAACAAAUGCGAAUAGCCCUAAACAAUCACUUGAUGUAGGGAUCAGCCAAGGGGAUCCCAACAAAACUGUGCAUAAUUGGUUAUUAAGGUGAGAGGCAGCUAUUUCCAUCCAUCCAUCCAUAUCCCGACGCCCACUCCCACAUGGAAGCUCCUCAUGGCUGAGAAUAGCAGACGACCACCCCCCGAACUAUGAGGGCGACUCCACAAUCCUGGACCAAGACACAAGAAGGAGGUGGCCGUGGCAUAUACUCGCAUACUUGUGGCACAUGCCCAGUGACAAUGCUGGACAUAUAUGCCAUGGCAAGAAUUUCUGCUCUGAUGAGUGCUUGUGCGUAUGCAGUGGUGUUGUUUGAAGGAGAAGGCUGUGUGGGAAUUGCCUACAAGACCUGGAUUGAAAGCCGGGAGGAUGCUCUCUUUUGCUACUGGCCAAAAGAUAGUGUAAGUGCUCUCAAGAGAGCAAAGAGAAAGGAAAUGCCAGAUAAGGAUAUGUGGACAAGACACAAAGUCAUGGUUGUUUCAUAUACUGAUGAUUUUGAUAAAGCACAGCGUCACGCACGAAAGGCCGAGGACACUGACAAUGUGGCCACUGAGGACGAAAUGGAGAGGAGGAGGAAAGUGCCCAAGCGAUAUGAAGCAACAACAGACACUGGUACGUAAAAAUAUUGGCUGUUAUCCUGUUGGCUG